AUGACAGACCCGCACGGCUACUGCGACCCCGCCUUCAACUCAGUCCGCGAGCUCUUCCAGCAGAAACUGAUCAACGGCGAUGAACUCGGCGCCUCCCUCUGCGUAAACAUCGACGGGAAAAACGUCCUCGACAUCUGGGGCGGCUACGCCGACGCAGCACAAACAACGCCCUGGGAAACCAACACCAUAACCCCCGUCUGGUCCUGCUCAAAGAUCGUCACGAACCUCGCAGCCCUCAUCCUCAUCGACCGCGGCCAGCUCGACGUCAACGAGAACGUAGCCACCUACUGGCCCGAAUUUGGCGCAAAUGGCAAAGAAAACGUCAAGGUUUCCCAUAUCCUGAGCCACUCCUCCGGCGUGUCGGGCUGGGAACCGUCGUACAAAAUCACUUGGGACGAGAUCUACAACGUGAAGGCUGCGAACGCGAAGCUUGCGUCUCAAGAGCCCUGGCAUGUGCCUGGUGAAUUGAGUGCGUACCAUCUUAUCAAUCAGGGCCAUCUGGUCGGCGAACUUGUCGAGCGCGUUAGCGGGAAAUCGCUUCGCCAGUUCAUCGCUGAUGAAAUCGCCACUCCCCUGGCCGCUGAUUUCGACCUGGGAAGACCGGAGAGCGAGCGCUCUCGCUUCGCACCGGUGAUUCCGCCCCCGCCUCCCUCCGCCGCCGCAGCCUCGGCCUUCGCACAGAUGGAUCCAAACAGUAUCGGGGGGAAGACGAUCCUCGGUGCACCCUUUGUCGGUGCCGCUGAGAAGUCUAAUGAACCAGAUUUCUGGAAAGCGGCCAUGGGCGGCGUGGGCGGUAUCUCGAACGCGAGGGCCCUGGCUCGAAUUGGCUCAAUCAUUUCGCGGAAUGGCACUGUUGAUGGGAAGCAGUAUCUUUCCCCUGAGACGAUUGAGAGAGCGUUGCAGGAGCAGGUCUCCGGCGUCGAUGCUGUGCUGUUUAUGUAUCUUCGCUUUGGGCUGGGAGUUGCGCUGCCUGCGCCGCAGAGUCUGCCUUGGAUUCCUGAGGGUCGGCUGUGCUUUUGGGGUGGCUGGGGUGGUUCGUUUGUUAUUAUGGAUCUUGAGAGAAGGAUGACGAUUGCUUAUUCUAUGAAUAAGAUGCAGAAUGUUUCGCUUGGGAAUGAGUGCACUAUUGCUUAUGUGGAGGAUAUUUACAAGGUUGUGAACUCUCUUCCUAAGCUUUAG